AUGGACUCUCGGCUGGCCAAGCAGAUCCAGUGCUCCGUGUGUUUGGGAGACUUCACAGAUCCAGUCAGCCUCUUGUGUGACCACACAUUCUGUCGUCAGUGCAUCACCGAUCACUCGCAGGCCAGCGUCCGGCUCAGACUGUGUCCGGAAUGCCGUCGGCCCUACACCAUGUGGGACCUGCGCUCAAACCGCGUGCUCCGAAACAUGGUGGACGCGGUCAGGGAACACCUGACGGAGCAGCAAGCCCGGUCGGAAGCGGUUUCGUCCGGGUCUGGCCCCAGAGGGAGGUCACACGGGGUUCUGGAGGCGCCGGAGAACCUGGUGUGUCCGGAUCACCAAGAGAGACUAAAGCUGUUCUGUGAGACGGAUCAGAAACUGGUGUGUUUGAUUUGCAGGGAUGGAGACAAACAUCAAGGACACAGAUUCAAACCUGUAGAGGAGGCGGCACAACCAAGAAAGGAGGCGCUAAAGGGUCCGCUGGCUUUCUUGUCAAAGGAGAAUGAGGAACUGGAGGAUCUCAUUCAGAAACAGACUGAGGAGAUGAAUAAAACAGAGGAGAAAUCCAGACUCCUCUCAGCUCAGAUCUCUGCUCAGUUUGAGGAGAUGCAUCAGUUCCUGAGAAAGAAAGAGGAAGAGGUGAAGAAACAGCUGGAGGAGGAGAAGAAGAAGGCAGUGGAGGUCAUGCAGAAGAAGCGGAGUGAGAUAGAGGGAAGAUUGAAUGAGAGCAGAGAGGAGGAGGGAAUGCUUCUGUCUGUUCUGGAAACAGACCAACCCGAUGGCUUUCUACAGUGGUGGACUGAACAGGGAAUAAGUUUAGUGGAGGGGAUGAAGCAGAGAGAGAGCAAAGACAAGAGGAAUGAAAAUGCUCCUGGGUAUAGGUCAAGAGUGAAGGGGCUCAGUGUGACCCCUGAGUCUCUGUUUCUGGGACCGUAUGAGAGUCACCUGCAGUUCUUCGUGUGGAAGGAGAUGCUGGGAUCCAUUAAACCAGUUCCAGAGCGCCACGUCAUCCACGACUGUGGCGACCCGUAUCUGCGGGUGUCCUCUGACGGCCGCAGCGUCACCAGGACAACCAAAAAAGGCUUGUUUUUCCUCUCUAAAGACUACAGGCCUCUGGCCAGGACUUUUAAGAGCUUCCAGAAUGGACAGUAUUACUGGGAGUUGGAGGUCGGAGCCAAAAUGGACUGGAUCGUAGGCUUCGAUGGUGGGAUGGUGAGCGACGCCAAGAUCAAGGACAUCGGCCUCCACCUGAAACACGACCAAGGCUACUGCAUCAAGGACCAACACACUCUAACUCACAAGGAGCUGACGGCCAAGCCAAGGAGAGUGGGCGUUUACCUGGACUGUGACAGGGGUCGAGCGUGUUUUUACAACGCCAACGACAUGUCUCUCCUCCACACCUUAACGUACCCCUCUUCUGUGUCCUACACGCUGUGCCUCUCACCUGGAGCGUACCUGGACGGCCAGAACAGAGAGCCAGUCACAGUGUGCUGGUACUGA